CAGGAGACAGCCAGAGACAAUCAAAAGGAACGGAACUGAGUUUCAAGAAGACAUUGUUUAUGUACAAGAACAGAGCUCUACUGCAGGCAUUAAGUAACAUGAAUAUAGGAAUAUUCAAACAUCCAACAGAUGAUGAUAAAAGUUGGAGAUUGAUAAUGGCAAUAUUGCAGCGAGAAGGUCUGACAGUCUUCCCUCCCCACUCUCAAAAAAGGCUAAUGGUUCAUGUCAUUCAACAUGAAUUUCACAGUGAGACAUCAAGCACGAUACUCAGUUUUACCUGAUUUCUGCAUGUUGUCAUCUCACACACGACUGAUCCCCACAACAGUCCAGCUUGUUCGAUCCCUGAUCCACAAUCCUUCCUGUUCCUGCAUGGAUUUGAAGGCUCUCCUUUCCUCCUUGAAUGACUUUGCAUCCCUCUCAUUUGCUGAGAGUUGGGACAAUGUCGGAUUACUGGUGGAACCAAGCCCACCACACACUGUAAACACACUCUUCCUCACCAAUGACUUGACCGAAGAAGUGAUGGAGGAGGCGCUGCAAAAAAAAGCUGAUUUCAUUCUCUCCUACCAUCCGCCUAUUUUCCGACCCAUGAAGCGCAUAACCUGGAAAACCUGGAAGGAGCGCCUGGUGAUCCGGGCUCUGGAGAACAGAGUUGCCGUUUACUCUCCUCACACAGCCUAUGAUGCCGCACCUCAGGGAGUCAACAACUGGCUGGCUAAAGGGCUUGGAGUUUGCACCUCCAGGCCCAUACAUCCUUCCAAAGCACUUAACUACCCAACAGAGGGAACACAUAGAGUAGAAUUUAAUGUUGACCACACCCAGGACCUAGACAAAGUCAUUUCUACAGUGAAAGGAAUUUCAGAUGUUUCUGUCACCUCUUUUUCUGCUAGGACUGAUGAUGAAGAACAAACACGGAUCAGUUUGAAUUGUAGUCAGCAGGCAUUGGUGCAGGUGGUGGCUUUUCUUUCCCAGAACAGUCAGCUUUAUCAGAAGACUGAAAUUCUGUCACUAGAAAAGCCUCUGCUUCCCCACACUGGAAUGGGACGGAUAUGCACACUGGAUGAACCUGUCUCCUUGGCAACCAUGGUUGAGCGAAUCAAAAAGCACCUAAAACUGUCUCAUAUUCGCCUUGCUCUUGGGGUAGGGAGGACCUUAGCAUCCCAAGUCAAAGUUGUGGCUCUGUGUGCUGGUUCCGGGAGCAGUGUUCUGCAGGGGGCAGAAGCCGACCUUUACCUCACAGGUGAGAUGUCCCAUCAUGACAUUUUAGAUGCAGCUUCCCAAGGAAUAAAUGUUAUCCUCUGUGAACACAGCAACACUGAACGAGGCUUUCUUUCUGAUCUUCAGGAUAUGCUAAGUGCUCAUUUGAAGAACAAGAUUAAUAUUAUCCUGUCAGAAAUAGACAGGGAUCCUCUUCAGGUGGUAUAAUGCAUACAGGAACAGAGUGACAGUCAACAAAUCAUUUUGCUCCUAAUUCAAAUGCACAACACGAAUCAAUAGUUUGUAUCCUUCUGGAAGAACAUUUUAGAAUAUAUAUUGUCAUAUCUGGUUUGUUAUUCUUCACCAAAUGUUCUGUUGUUUUUAGGGUAAAAAUUGUAAUGUAACUGUCAUUAAAAUACAAAUAUUCAUUAUGAAGAACAAAAUAAAGGAUUUGCUCAUAUACUGAUAUGCCAGGGAUUUGGAGAAAGCAGCCCAGGAGUUCCAGGUAGAUGGAGACAGGGGUAGAAAUGCUUCACUUCCUUGUACAACCAAAAGAACAACAACAACAACAAAUUUAAAAACAAACACAACCAGUACUGCCAUAUACCCACAUUUCAUGGAAGUCCAACAACUAAGGAGUUAAAGAAACAUUCAGUCAUACUGGUAGAAGGGGCAGAGAUGGGCAACUGGGGUGGAGAGGAGGCACAGCCAAGGAAGUGGCUGGUGGACGAGUUGGUCCCACUUUCAUGGGCUGAUAAACUGGGAAGAACCAGUUUAUCUGUCUGCGGGAAGCAAGACAGACCGCAGAACCCAGGGUUUCAGCAUGGGAAACUAAAGACUCAAAACCUCUGGAUGUAGUGGCAGUGGGAAAAAUUCUCAGGAUCACAGGAGAGUCGAUGGGAGAGGCCCAUAGGAUCCUAGAACACAUACAAACCUACCCAUCUGCUAAUCAGCAUCUGAAAUGCCACAGUCCAUCUGUGUGAAGUGAGGGAAGUGAAGGAAAGUAGGGCUAGAGCAGAGCCAGCAAGCGGCAUUGACCCUUCCUUCCGUGCAGCAAAGGGUUGCCCCAUGCUGUUGAAUACCUAAGGCUCUGCCCAUUACAACAUAAUAGGUGUGCCAAGACCAAGAAAUAUGACCCAAAUGAAAGAACAGAUCAAGACUCCAGAAAAAGAACUAAGCAACAAGGAGAUAGCCAACCUAUUUGAUGCACAGUUCAAAACACUGCUAAUCAGGAUACUCACAGGAAUUAUUUUCAGUCACAAAAUAAAGGCUAUACAAAGUGAAAUAAAGGACAAUACACAGAGAACCAAAAGUGAAAGGAAAUGGACUGAAACCAAAGAUUUGAAACAAAAUGAAACAUCCAACCAGAACAGAAUGAAGAAAUAAGAAUUCAAAAAAACGAGAGGCUGAGAAAGCCCUCGGACAACUUUAAACGCUCCAACAUCUGAAUUAUAGGGGUGCCAGAAGAAUAAGAGGAAGAGCAAGCAAUUGAAGACUAACAAAUAAUGAAGGAAAACUUCUCCAACCUGACAAAGGACAUAAACUUCCAGGAAGCCCAGAGUCCCAAAGAAAUUGGACCCAAGCAGGAACACACCAAGACACAUCAUAAUUAAGUUACCCAAGAUUAAAGAUAAGGAGAGAAUCUUAGCAAGAAAAAAGACCAUUACCUAGAAAGGAGUUCCCGUAAGGCUGUCAGCUGAUUUCUCAAAAGAAACCUUACAGGCAAGAAGGGGCUGGAAGGAAGGAUUUGAAGUCAUGAAAGGGAAGGACCUACAUCCAAGAUUGCUCUAUCCAGCAAAGCUAUCACUUAGAUUAGAAGGGCAGAUAAAGUGCUUCCCAGAUAAUGUCAAGUUAAAGGAGUUUAUCAUCACCAAGCCCUUAUUAUAUGAAAUGUUAAAGGGACUUAUCUAAGAAAAAGAUGAUCAAAAAGUAAACAGUAAAAUGACAACAAACACAACUAUCAACAACUGAACCUAAAAAACAAUAAAAACUAGGCAAACUACAACAGGAACAAAAUCACAGAAAUAGAGAAUACAUAAGAGGAUUAUCAGUGGGGAAGGGAAGGGGGAGGAUGGGUGGAAAAGGUGCAGGGAAUAAGAAUCAUAAUAGGUAGGUACAAAAUAGGGAGGUUAAGAAUAGUAUAGGAAAUGGAGAAGCCAAAGAACAUAUAUAAUAAACCCAAUGGACAUGAACUAAGUGGUUGAGGGAAAUACGGGACAGUGGUGGAGUGCAGGGAGGAGGGGGAUAAAGGGGAGAAAAAUUGGGGGGGAAUGAAACUCUAGUCAAGGAUGACUAAAAUCUGUUAACAUUCUUGGGAAGUUCAAGUAAUCCUCUUCUUAGCUUAAUUAUAGUAAUGGGAUGUGUCAUUUUAGGCCCCUCUCCCUGUAGUUAGUUAAAAUAUACUUAAAAGAUUUGGAAUUGUGACAUUCAUUUGUAGGUAGUAACCUCUAGGAGGUGAUAUGGUUUGUAUGUGUUUUCUUAUUGUUAGAUUAGUAACCUUCCCUUGAAAUUUCAGAAUCUGAGAUCAGGAUGUUUGUUUUUUUUACUUAAUAUACGCAAUCAUUUAUAUAACUUGUUUUAGUAUUUUUGGGGGGGUAACUGAUCUGUAGUUAGUAAUAUAUAAGGAUGAUUGGCUCCUGAGUAUUAUUACUGAUUAUUUAUACAAUAUUAAUUUUGUGCCAAACACUCUACUAGAUGCUUUAUAAACAUUUUCAAUUCUUUAUAAGCAGGGAUACAGGUAUUCCCAUUUUUCGGGACUAACCAACAAACAGGUGGUCAUCUCACCUCCCAGAAUACAGAAAACAUUCUGAACAGUGCUGCUGGCUCCAUAUUUGAAUUAGCUGGGGAAAAAUAUAACUUCUAGAAGUGUUCUUUGUUUUUUUUGGGGGGGGCAAUACGUAUUGUUCAUUUACUGUAAGUAGAAUUCCCAUUUUACAAACAAACAUUUGUGGGAAGAGGUUCAAGGUUUCAGAAUGUCUUUGGUGUGUAUUUCUUGAUAUGAGAGGGGUAGAAUUCCCCUGCUGGCCAUCAAAUGACAUGCAUUCUACUCCAGAAUUAAAUACUUACAAAACAAAGUAUAUAUGAAGACACAGUACGUACAGGAUAAGCCCCUAGUAACAAUACAUACCCUCCAAUCUUAUCAGACUACAUUGUGCUUACUGUACUAAGUCCUGCCUCUCCCCCUCCCCCCCCCUUUUGUCAUUGGAAUCAUAUAAGCUCCUACUCAAAUACUGCCAUUUCAGGGAACAAAGUUUCAUUUCGCCACUAAAAGAGUCUUCCCUGACUGUACUACUCUACAGUAAUCUAGGCUCUGCCCUUUUUUCACAUUUAUCAAGCAUUUGGUUUUAAUCUUUGUGCUGCCUAGUACUGUUAAUUAGCUUUUCAAAAAAUUUUGACCAAUCUUCCAAUUAGAUUGUAACCUCCUUAGUCAGAUUCCUAUAUUGUUUUUCCUGUAUUCCUCAUGCACCUAUGUAGUCGGUGCUCUACACGUCCUGUACUAUCCUGAACACACCCGAUCUCAUCUGAAAAGCAACAUGGUCAAUCCGAAUGUGACACAUGUACAUUUAGUGUUCCUUACACUCUUCUAGUCUAUAUUCUCUGUAUAAACAUGGAGUUUCUGCUAGCCCAAUAAAUUUGUUUUUGGUA